AUGAUAUCUGUGUGCCUUUCGCUUGAAUUCAGACAUGGACUAGAUCUCUUUGAUAUAAGAUUGUUGAUGAAUGGAGGUCAUGGAUUUCUAAUCAUCAAGUACUUGCAAGGAUAUGACUACAACUUCACCUUUCUAACCAUAAAGGGCGCAGGAUAUACAGUCCCAGAAUACAAGCUACAAGGGGCAAUUGGUACCAUUCAAUCUCCAUUCCUUUUCUUAUUUACCAAUUAUUGCCAUUCUUCUACUUCCACACUUGAAGAAGCACUUUUCUUGACAAAUAACUUCAAAUCUGCUUCUUUUACGCACCUUGAUGAUGCCAUUGCUUCCUUCAAUCAUGUAAUUCAUAAGCAUCCUCUGCCUUCUAGGGUUCCAUUUAAUAGAUUCUUAUCUGCCCUUGUGAAAAUGAAACAAUAUCACACUGUCCUUUCCAUGUCCAAAACAAUUGAAUUGCUAGGAAUCUCUCACGAUGUUUAUUCUCUUAGCAUCUUAAUUAAUUGCUUCUGCCACUUACACCUUGUGGAUUUUGGCUUCUCUGUUUUUGGUAAGAUGCUAAAAUUUGGAUUGGAGCCUGACGUUGUCACGUUUAAUACCUUAAUUAAUGGGCUUUCUAUAGAGAGUAAAAUGGACAAAGCAUUGGAAUUUUUCGAUGAUAUGGUUGCACGUGGUUAUCAACCUAAUGUUCGUACUUACAGUGUGAUAAUAAACGUAUUGUGUAAAUUUGGGAAAACAAAUGUGGCUAUUGGGCUACUAAAGGAAAUGGCUGAUAGAGGUUGUGAGCCAGAUGUUGUGACAUACAAUGCAAUCAUUGACACCCUCUGCAAAGAUGAGCUAGUUGGUGAGGCUUUAGAGCUCUUCUCUCAAAUGAGGAAUAAGGGCAUUUCACCUGAUGUCAUCACUUACACUGGUUUAAUUCACGGUGUUUGCAAAUUAGGCCAAAAGAACCAAGCUUUGGCCUUGAUGAAUGAAAUGGUGGAGCAGAACAUAUCACCUGAUGUUUAUACCUUCAGUGUAUUGAUUGACGCUCUUUGUAAGGAUGGAAUGGUUUCAGAGGCUCAAAAUACAUUCAAUAUAAUGAUUCAAAGAGGUGUAGAGCCUAAUGUGGUCACCUACACUUCCUUAAUUGAUGGUCUUUGCAUUUCAGACCAUUUCAAGGAAGCUUUGGCCUUGUUGAAAGAAAUGGUGGGGAGGAACAUAUCCCCUGAUGUUUUUACCUUCAAUAUAUUGAUCGACACUCUUUGUAAGAAAGGACUGGUUUCAAAUGCACAGAAUACAAUCAAAAUAAUGAUUCAAAGAGGUGUGGAACCUGAUGUUGUCACUUAUAAUUCAUUGAUGGAUGGAUAUUGUCUGCGCAAGCAAAUUGAUAAGGCUAGAAAGGUAUUUGCUCUGAUGAUGACCAAUGAAAUAGCUGACAUUUUGAGCUACAACAUUUUGAUCAAUGGAUAUUGUAAGUGCAAAAUGAUAGAUGAUGCAAAGCAGAUUUUUGAUGAAAUGUCUCAUAAAGGUUUAGUUCCUACGACUGUUACUUAUCAUACUCUUAUAAAGGGUAUGUUUCAAGCAGGGAGGCCCCAAAAUGCAAAAGAGCUCUUUAAGGAUAUGUGCUCUUAUGGUAAACAACCAAAUAUAGUAACCUUCUCAAUUAUGAUUGAUGGCUUGUGUAGACAGGGGAAUCUCGAUGAAGCACUCACACUAUUGAAAGCAAUGGAGAAAAGUCAGUUGAAGCCUAAUUUCGUGAUCUAUAGCAGUCUGAUCAAUGGUAUGUGCAAAGUUGGGAAGAUUAAUGAUGCCAAGGAACUGUUUUCUAGUCUUUUUGAAAUUGGUUUACAACCUGAUGUUUGUGUAUAUAAUGCAAUUAUGAAAGGACUCUGCCAACAAGGAUUAAUGGAUGAAGCGUAUAAGUUAUUUAAAGACAUGGAAAAGGUAGGAUGUUUACCAAAUAGUUGUUGUUAUAAUAUCAUCAUUCAAGGGUUUCUCAAGCAUGAGGAUUUACCAAAAGCAUCAGAACUAAUCAACGAAAUGAUUGAUAAGGGGUUCUCUGCUGAUGAUGCUACCACAGAAUUGGUAGUACAUUUAUCGCGGAAUAAUAAUCUCAUUCUGAGGCUUUUAAAGGCGCGCAAUGAGGGAUCAGCAAACUAAAGUUGUUAUAUCUUGACCAUUCAAGUGUAUCUUGGAGCACAACUUGACAUGGACUAGAUCUCUUUGAUAUAAGAUUGUUGAUGAAUGGAGGUCAUGGAUUUCUAAUCAUCAAGUUGCUGGUACUUGCAAGGAUAUGACUACAACUUCACCCUUCUAACCAUAAAGGUACUUGCAAGGAUAUGACAACAACUUCACCUUUUUAACCAUAAAGGGCGCAGGAUAUACAGUCCCAGAAUACAAGGUAAGAGAAUCACUAGACUUCUACAGCUGUUGGUUGGAUGAAAUGUCAACUAAAUUAUAAACAGAAAAUUUUAUGGGAAUUGAGGGAAAAGCAAACGUCCUCUUUCAUUUGAGUUAUUUAUAUGGUGCAUUUUGCGAUACAUUUGUGUGGUGUUAUGAAUGUGAAGCACAUUGUUUCUUACUGUUUGAGAUGUUAAGUUAGGCAAGAAAAGUUGUUUUGGUUGUUUCUUUUCUCCUUUCAGCAGUAUAUAAUGAGACAUUUUAUUUUUUUACCACUUUCUAAACUUUGUAAUAUACUUUUUCUUUUUGCUUGAUGCAUCUUUGUUGAAGUUUUUGUGAUUCUGCAUCCAUGGGAAAUGGUUUGUUAGAGAAGGUGGGUUUGACAGGGUACAUAUUGAGAGGUAGGAAACCGAUUGCAAAAUGAUUCAGAACCGAAGAAUCUAUAUCAGUUGUUG